AUGAAUCUCUUUUCCAUCAUCUCUUUUCUUCUGCUCACUCGCCACCAACUCGUUCACGCCGAGUCGACUCAGCCUCCUUAUGGCUGCGAUUCCUCCUCCUCUAACUACGCAUUCUGCAAUCCCAACCUUCCCAUCAGCCAGAGAGCCAAAGACCUCGUGUCACGACUCACACUGGACGAGAAACUCGCCCAACUCGUCAACUCGGCUCCUCCGAUUCGGCGACUCGGCAUUCCGAGUUACGAGUGGUGGAACGAAGCCUUGCACGGCGUUGCGGACGCUGGGCUUGGCAUACGACUGAAUGGCACUAUCAAAUCUGCAACUUCCUUCCCUCAAGUCAUUCUCACAGCUUCUUCCUUCGACCAAAACCUUUGGUACCAAAUCAGUCAGGCGAUUGGAAAGGAAGCAAGAGCAGUGUAUAAUGAGGGGCAAGCUAUGGGAUUGACGUUUUGGGCUCCGAACAUAAACAUAUUCAGAGAUCCAAGGUGGGGGAGAGGGCAAGAGACGGCAGGGGAAGACCCUUUGGUGAGUGCCAAAUAUGCUGUGGCUUAUGUGAGAGGCCUUCAAGGGGAUUCUUUUGAGGGAGGGAAUCUAGGUCAGCAUCUUCAAGCUUCAGCUUGUUGCAAGCACUUUACUGCCUAUGAUUUGGACCAAUGGAAGGGCCUCGAUCGCUUUGUCUUCAAUGCUCGUGUCACUUUGCAAGAUUUGGCCGACACCUAUCAGCCACCAUUUCAGAGUUGUAUACAGAAAGGUCGAGCCAGUGGGAUAAUGUGUGCUUAUAACCGUGUCAAUGGGGUUCCAAACUGUGCAGAUUUCAAUCUACUAACCAACAUUGCAAGAAAGCAAUGGAAUUUCGAUGGGUAUAUUACUUCGGAUUGUGGAGCAGUCUCUAUCAUACACGAUAGGCAAGGUUAUGCAAAAACAGCAGAGGACGCUAUAGCCGAUGUGUAUAGGGCUGGGAUGGAUGUGGAGUGUGGUAAUUACAUGACUAUGCAUGCUAAAUCAGCAGUGUUGCAAAAGAAAUUGCCCAUUUCUCAAAUCGACCGUGCCCUUCAAAAUCUAUUCUCUAUGAGAAUAAGGCUAGGCCUAUUUGAUGGAAACCCCUCCAAGCUCGCAUUUGGCACCAUUGGUCCCAAUCAAGUAUGUUCCAAACAACACCUUCAACUAGCUCUUGAAGCUGCAAGAGAUGGCAUUGUCCUAUUGAAGAACACUGCCUCACUUCUUCCACUGCGAAAAUCAAACCCAAGUGUUUCCCUUGCAGUGAUAGGCCCCAAUGCCAAUGCUUCAUCAUUAGCUGUUCUAGGGAACUAUUAUGGUCGUCCUUGUAAACUGGUGACACUAUUGCAAGGCUUUCAGGACUAUGCCAAGAACACAAUUUAUCAUCCUGGGUGUAAUGAUGGCCCGCAAUGUGCUUCUGCUGAAAUAGAAGAGGCAGUGGAAGUGGCUAAAAAGGUGGAUUAUGUGGUGCUUGUCAUGGGAUUGGAUCAAAGUCAAGAGAGGGAAUCACAUGAUCGUGAGUACCUAGACUUGCCAGGGAAGCAACAACAACUUAUCAAUAGUGUUGCCAAAGCUUCUAAGCGACCAGUUAUUUUGGUAGUCAUGUGUGGAGGCCCAUUAGAUAUCACUUCAGCCAAGUCUGACAACAAAAUUGGAGCCAUCUUGUGGGCUGGUUAUCCAGGGGAACUUGGAGGAGUGGCCCUGGCCCAGAUUAUCUUUGGUGACCAUAACCCAGGAGGAAGAUUACCAAUUACUUGGUACCCAAAAGAUUUCAUCGAUGUACCAAUGACAGACAUGAGGAUGAGACCUGAUCCAGCAUCAGGAUAUCCUGGGAGAACCUACAGAUUUUACACCGGUCCAAAGGUGUAUGAAUUUGGCUAUGGCCUAAGCUACACAAAAUAUUCCUAUGAGUUCAUUUCUGUUUCACAAAACAACCUUCACAUCAACCAAUCAUCCAAUCAUUUUAUGAUUCAAAAUUCUGAAACCAUCCGUUAUAAGCUAGUUUCAGAGUUGGGUAAAGAAACAUGCCAAAGCAUGUCAGUGUCAGUGACUUUGGGAGUGAAAAAUAAUGGUAACAUGAUGGGGAAGCAUCCAGUGUUGCUAUUUAUGAGGCAAGGUAAACAGAGAAACGGAAACCCAAUGAAACAAUUGGUGGGUUUUCAAAGUGUGAAGCUAGAUGCAGGAGAAAGGGCUCAUGUGGGAUUUGAGCUAAGCCCUUGUGAACAUCUUAGCAUAGCAAAUGAGGCUGGUUCAAUGGUGAUAGAAGAAGGAUCUUAUUUAUUGCUUGUGGGUGACCAAAAGUACCAAAUAAAUGUCACUGUUUGA